AUGCCUAAGAACAAGGGAAAGGGUGGAAAGAACCGCAGACGUGGUACCAAGGAGAACGAUGACCAGCGCCGAGAGCUCACCUUCAAGGAGGAUGGCCAAGAGUAUGCUCAGGUCGUGAAGAUGCUUGGUAACGGUCGUCUCGAGGCUCUGUGUUUCGAUGGAAGCAAGCGUCUCGCCAACAUUCGCGGCAAAAUGCGAAAGAAGGUCUGGAUUAACCAGGGUGAUAUUAUCCUCCUCUCUCUCCGUGACUUCCAGGACAACAAGGGCGACGUCAUUCUCAAGUACACCGCCGAUGAAGCCCGUACCCUCAAGUCUUACGGCGAGCUCCCUGAGAACGCUAAGAUCAACGAAACCGACUCUUUUGGCCAGGGAGAGGAUGGCGAGGCCUACUUCGAGUUCGGCGACGCUGAUUCAGACGAUGACUCUGACGAUGGCGCCGCUGGCAACAAGAAGGAGGUCGACAUUGACGACAUUUAG